GUCCUUCCCGGCCAUCACUUUCCACCUGCCCCAUGGCAGCUCUCACAGACCUCUCCUUUAUGUACCGCUGGUUCAAGAACUGCAAUCUGGUCCGCGACCUCUCAGAAAAGUAUGUCUUCAUCACGGGCUGUGACUCGGGCUUCGGGAACAUGCUGGCCCGACAGCUGGUUGAUCGGGGCAUGCGGGUGCUGGCUGCUUGCUUCACUGAGGAGGGGGCCCAGAAACUGCAGCAGGACACCUCCUAUGGACUGCAGACCACCCUACUGGAUGUCACCAAGACUGAGAGCAUCCAGGCGGCAGCCCAGUGGGUGAGGGACCAAGUGGGCGAGCAAGGCCUGUGGGCCCUGGUGAACAAUGCUGGUGUGGGCCUGCCCAGUGGUCCUAAUGAAUGGCUGACCAAGGAGGACUUUGUGAAGGUGAUCAAUGUGAAUCUGGUGGGACUGAUCGAAGUGACCCUUCACAUGCUGCCCAUGGUUAAGAGAGCCCGGGGCAGGGUCGUCAACAUGUCCAGCUCUGGUGGUCGUGUUGCUGUCAUUGGUGGUGGCUACUGCGUCUCCAAGUUUGGUGUGGAGGCCUUCUCUGACAGCAUCAGGCGUGAACUCCACUACUUUGGGGUGAAAGUCAGCAUCAUCGAGCCGGGAAACUACCGGACGUCCAUCCUGGGCAAGGACGGAAUAGUGUCACGCAUGCGCAAGCUGUGGGCACGGCUGCCACCGGAGACGCGGGAGAGCUACGGGGAGGAGUACUUCCGCAUCUAUACUGAGAAAUUAAACAAUAUGAUGAGACUGGCAGAGCCGAGAAUCAGAGACGUCGUCAAUAGCAUGGAGCACGCUGUUGUUUCCCGGAGCCCCCGCAUCCGCUACAACCCUGGCCUGGAUGCCAAACUUCUCUAUGUCCCCCUGGCUAAGUUGCCCACCCCUGUAACAGAUUUCAUCCUGAGCCGGUACCUUCCAAGGCCAGCGGACAGUGUCUGAGCUGGGGAAGCUCCAGGGGUGGAAGGUGGAGCAGAGAAGAAGGGGUGGGAGAAAGGACUGUGGGGUCACA